AUACAUCCAUUCUCUCUCUCCUUUUUUCCCCUCACUUUUCUUGGGAAUUCCAGGCCAAUUAUUAGCUUUAAUUUUUGUGGGUUUUUCUCCUUAUUGAUUGAUAUUAACCCUAAACAAGUUUUGCCUUUUCUUGCUUUGUUGUGCAGCACCCAUUAAUAUUCGAAUUCUUAUGUUGCUGCUGCUUUCAUUUUAUGUUCUUGAAAGUUGAAAGUACUGCACUUUUCUCAUUUUCCUUUUCCCACCAUCUGAUGAAAAAGAAGCUAGAGAAAUAAAAGUAGUUGUGUGUUGGAGUGGUUAAAUCCAUGGAAGGUUCAAGGGGGGCAGCAGAGAGAAGAGCAAGACCUCAAAAGGAUCAAGCUUUGAAUUGUCCAAGGUGUAAUUCAACUAACACCAAGUUUUGCUACUACAACAAUUACAAUCUCUCUCAACCAAGAUAUUUCUGCAAGACUUGUAGAAGGUAUUGGACUGAAGGUGGCUCUCUGAGAAAUGUUCCCGUGGGAGGUGGUUCUAGAAAGAACAAGAGAUCCUCAUCUUCUUCAUCAUCCUCUUCUUCUUCUUCUUCUCUUUCAAAGAAUAAGGUUCCUGAUCACCAUGAUCUUAUGAUGAAUAUCACCUCAUCACCUGUUGGCUUUCCUCAUCAAAACCCUAAUAAUAAGAUCCAUCAUCAAGCCCAAUAUCUUAACCUAGCUUACCCACCACUACUACUUCAUGAGAUACCUAAAACUCAAAACCCUAGUUCUCCUAGUACAACAUCCCAACAUCAUGAUCAGCAACAUCUCUCAGCCGUGGAGCUUCUCAAGAGAGGAAUUGCUAAUUCAAGAGGACUGAUGAGUUCCUUCAUGUCCAUGCCUGUUUCAGCCGAUUCAAAUAACACCAUUUACUCAACUGCCACUGGGUUUUCCUUGCCAGACUACAAACCUACAACCCUCGAUUUCUCCUUGGAGGCGUUUCAAAGUGAUGGGUAUAAUGGAACUAGUACUAAUACUACCCUACAUGAAGAGACUAGCAAUAGUACAGCAAGGCUUUUGUUUCCAAUGGAGGAUAUGAAGCAGAUUCCAAACCCUCCUAGUGCUACUCCUCCUCCUACCACUAGUAAUACUGAUCAAUUUGAGCAGAAUAGAGGGCAAGGAUAUUCAACUGGGUACUGGCAAGGAAUGUUGGGUGGUGGAUGGUAACAGGAGAGUGAAUACAUGAGUUGGAAAUAUUGAUUGGGUUUUCUUCUAAAAAUUUUUUCCUUUUUGUUUGGAGUUUGAUUAGCUAAUUAAGACCAAGCACUGAUGGGGUAAAUGAGUUUCUUUUUCCUACUUAAUUAAUAUCUCCUUUUGUCUUGUGAUAUUUGAAAUAUUACUAUCUGAUGAUCAAUGUGGGUUUUUGAAGGCUGAAGCUUAUUUUAGGUUGGCUUCUUCAAAUGGGUGUUGCAAGAAAUGAAGAUCCAUGUUUAAAGAGGAGGAGAGAAACAGUUGCUCUAAGGCUUGCACCAUGAAUGAUUUAGGUUAGUAGCUAUAGCUAGUUACUAGUUAGAGAGAUAUAUAUUAAUAUUAGCUCAGGUAUGUGAGGAGUUUGAUGAACAAAUUAAAGUUCGUUUUGUUUUCCUUUUAAAUAGUAUAUAUAACAAGUACUGGGAUUUGUGGGUUUUGAUAAUGUUGAUAUUCUACUGAUGAAAGGUUUUAUUUUAUAUUUUUAUUUU